ACCUGUCACCCGGGAUGAGGGACCUCAGGACCAGUUAUCCUCCGCGGUGUACCCGCGAGGCCCGGUCCAUCUGUGUUUCCAGGGCGGUCGUGGCCGUGCUUGUAAACACCGUGUAUUGUGCACCUGCUGUAUACCCCCAUCAGUGUGUGUCCCGGCUGUAAACCGGUUUGGACGUGCCUGCCCUUCCUCAGUGAUGACACGCCUGACUGACUCCCUGUCAGGUGGAGGCAGAACGACGGACAGAGCAGUGGCGCCAACGACUUGGUCCCUGCAGCUCAGCCCCGGCGUGCUUCCCUGCUUACCCGGCUCGCUGUGACCCCGGCCCAGCGCGUCUCCAGCAUGAGGAACCCUAGCAAGGAGCUACAGGGCACUGCCAGCCGCCAUGCUCCCUGCGAUGCAUGUGGUGUCUGUCACUGAUUGAUUGCCUCCUCCUGCUCCCACCAGGUGCACUAGGCCCCCACUACUGGUAUUACCACCUGCCCGUGCGGCGGUCUGAGAAGGCUGUGGACGCCCCUCCUAUGUCCCAGAUUCCUGGUCUCAGUGCAUUUCGGGAGCCACCCAGCGGGCACAUGCUGGGGAUGCGGAGGUACUGGGUCAAAGAGACGGACUCGGAGUACGUGAAGCUGGCCAAGCAAGGUGGCCGACCUGACCUGCUGAUGCACUUGGCCCCGGGGAUGGCGUCGGGCACCGGGACCAGGAAGGCCUCCCCAGUGACGUACUCCUUGCCAGACUGGUACAUACACCACAACAAGCCGCCCACGGCUGGCCAGAGGCAGGGGCUUGCUGCCUAUGUGCCCGAUUACAUGGUCCAUGAAGAGUUUAACCCCAGUUUGGCCAACAGCAGUUACGAGUCUAGGAGGGGGCCGUUCGACUUUGACAUGAAGACCGUGUGGCAGAGAGAGGCUGAGGAACUCGAAACAAAGAAGAAAAAGUUGAGGCUCCCAGCCAUUAACUCCAAGAAUCCCAGCAAAGCAGGGACCCCGCUGGGCCCCAAAGACCCGGCAAGAAGUAGACUCUCCUUCCCUCCCAUCAAUGGGUAUAAGGACGAGUGGUUACAGCAGCGCGCCGAGGCAGACGAGAGCCCCCCACAGACAUCCAGGGCGUCCCCGACAUCUCAGCCCUCGAAGGACCUUGAGGGGCAAGACUCUGAGCAGCUCCCAGACACAGAGGUUCUGGAAGGCUCUGUGGAGGCUGAAGGUGCCACAGCCUCUCGGUCCUCGACGACACCCGCAGAGCUCCAGUGACCUAAACGCAGCCGCCCGUGGGCCCGGAUCCCACGGCUGAUGGCGGCCCGACGGCGCCGUGGCUGUAUUUGUUCGUGAAUAUAGAUUCUUAUGAAAUACUCUGUCUUAAAGCAGGUUUGAUGUCACCGUGGCGUAGAUGGGCCAAGGCUUGGGUCUUGCUUCUUGCAUGUUUCCCGGACGUUAAAUCAGUGGCCUCUGGGGUGCUGUGCCCCGCUGCCCCAGGGUGUCGCCCUGGAUGUCACGGCAUCCUCCCUGCCCCAGCUGACGCCGCCCCCUGAAUGUGCAUCGCUGGUGGGAACGCUCUUGUAGAGGUCUGUUCUCCGGGCUUCAACUAGGGCCAACUCACAGCCUGUCCCGCGAUGUGGCCCUGCAAUCGCACAGAAAUUAUUUUUCUGUCAAAAAAAAAAAUCAGUUCCAGAAUAUUGUGACUUAGUUUAUAUGAGGAAAAAGAUUAAUUAGCUCUUGAAGUUUUAAAUAUUUAGUGUAAAGCCAUUGGAGCAUUUGCUAGUUUUAAAUUUUUGCUAAUUUUUUAUAAACCAAAAUCCAUAAUAUGAGAAAUUUAUUAUAUUUUUAUUUUACUUAAAGUAAAAAUAUGUUCAAUUUUAAUAAUUCUUUAAUAAGACUACAUUUUCUUUGAUGAAUUUUGUUACUGUUUUUAGGUAAUCAGCAUUACGAUGUAGUUUUAUAUUUUGUACAUUAAAUUCAUUAGUAAAAUAAUAAUAUUCUGAUGGAAAUUGCCAGAAAGCCAACUAAGGUCACGGGUGGUUCAGCUUCUUUUCCAGAGUAAACUUAUGCCCUCGCUCCCCUGAAGCUUAGAAACUUUAAAUCGGUUUUUCAGAUGAGAGACUCGAGUGGGCCCACAAGUCUGUUCUGUUCCACCAAACAGAGGCCCCCGUGGGGACUGGGUGUGACGAAAGCCAGUGUGACUGGCUGGCUGCACAGGCUGAAUAAAGAGAAGGUUGCUUUGGCGCAGGCA